AUGCACCUGACACCACCUGCAAUUGUUCCGGACAAGGUGACUUCACGAUUAAAUCCCCAAAAAUGCGGUCUUCAAUGUUGCAGACAUGCACCAGACAUUAUUUAUGGGCUGUCCCUAGAUCGAGUACAUCAUUGUUACACCUGGCUCAUUGUAUAUUGUUAUUGUUGUUCAAAGGACCAAGCAAAACCUGGAGCCAUGUCGAUCAAUUACUCCUUUGUGCCGAGAUCCUCGAGCAGCCUAGGGACUCUGCGAAGUGAACCAUUAUUGAGUCCGCCACGGUCUCAUGACAGCUCUGAACGCAUCCCAUUCAAGCCUGAUGCCGCCGACCCCAUUAGCUUGACCAUGAAAAAGGGCAAGGGCCAUGGGGAGAGCUGGCACAAUCCCUUCUCCGCCAGUUCGUACUCCAUGUCUCGUACUGCGACGACCCGACUAUCUCGAGACGGUUCCAGUAGCUGGAGAAGGAGUGGUACAUGCAUUUCACCGACCCUACGAAAGACCAUCUCGCUUCCAGCCGUUCAGCUUCGCCGGACCUCACAAAAGCCGGAAUCACAGGCACGUUCAGUUCUGCGAUCCCGGAGAUGGACAAUUCCGUCCAAGGCGACAUCCACCAGAGCUAUCGUUACGACUGCACCCAUUCCAGAGACCACGAGCAGAGUGUCGAAGAAAACCAAAAUGGCGCAAAGUCCGGCGAUGAUUACCCUCCGUCGUGCAACUGGAUCACCAAAACGCAUGUCGCUCACAUACUUUCCAACCCCCAGGUUUAGCAGGAGGAAUUCUGGGUUCUUGUCGUCAUUUUUCACCACAUUCAGUAGCCAGGGUCAGCAGCGCAUCAGUCCUAGCGAAGGUCUGCAAGUUAUACGAAGUGAGACCAACACCCCUCCACCGCCAUCGAUAGACAAAAAUGAGGCUCGUCCGGCGAUAAGCAGCGUGGCGGCGCCGAUUUUCACAAAGUUGACACCCAUCCCAACCCGCCUCCCUCUUGCAGGGCAACAUGUCGAGGAGUUCAAUUCGCUGCGGCGUUGUUCUACCAAAUACGUCUCAGAGUCCUCUGUAUUCGAGAUCAUUUGGGAUGACGAUGCAUAUGGUUCUAGCCCGGAAGUCUGUACUCCCAGUCCUCCAGACCGCGAUACUGGGGUGGGAGGCAAUGUUUCGGUGGAUACGACAUCUUUGGAAAGGCGUCUCUCCAAGGUUCUAACUCAGUCAAGAAUAUCUUCGGUCUUGCCCACGAGUCGACGGACAAGCUGGUGGCAGGGUAGUGAAACAUUCCCCAGAGGUUUCGGCCCUCUGAUGGAAAGCCCAAAGCUGGCCAAAAUUGUGCGAGAGGCGGGUUUCCGAAACUUACCUCGAUCAAGAUAUUCCACGAGACCAGCAAUCCCGGCACCACUUGCAAAUGAAAUUGAUGCGCAGCAGCAGCUACUUGGCGAACCAUCGACGGCCCCAGUUGAGAACAUCUUCCCACCAUUGACCGAUGGCCGCAACAACAUAGACCUAGAUCCUCUGUCGAGCUUGAUGGACGAGCCCAACCGCACGCCUCCCUUCUCAGGAAGUUCAAAGAUGAGUCUAGAGUUUGACGAGGAGUCUUUGCUCACAAGGCGACGAAGUCGGUUUGGCAGCAUGAUGGGAGUGAGCCGGCACCAAAAGUGGCCCCAAGCUCUACCAGAGAGGGGUCUAUCCAUCAGGGAACGAAGACGGAGCGCUAUGGAGGGAUUCGGCAAGAUACAGCAUGGGCAUCAAGAAGGUCGUUCAAUUGACGACGUACUACCACUUUUGGGGACGUUUUGA